CUCACUUUGAAGCCGCAGAUUUGCCGCAGAUGGCAUAAACUACUUGGCCGGACAAAUGGGGAGCGCUGAAGGUUCUCACCCGGUACAACGUUUAAGACAACAGGCCUGAGGGUGCCCAGUUGGGCGCGAACCUCGGCUCAGGGCGUCGUCUGAGAGGAAAAAUAUUUGAAAGAAUUAAUAGUCCCUAACACAAUAAGCGACGCGGUUCAGUUGGUGUCGAAAUAUUCAGUCGAACUCACCAUUUGACGUCUAAUUGGUGGAAAAGUUGGAAUACAGUUGCUGUAAUGUACUAUAUCUGUGCCGUUCUAACGCUGUUGAGUUUGGAUAUCGGAGCGACAUCGUACAAUUACACCAAAAUGUGGACUUAUGACGAUGAACGAACGUGGCCUGGCAGGAAGUGCAAGGAAGGUGGCAGACGGCAGUCCCCCAUCGACAUCAGAACUGAUGAUAUUAUCCACGACUACAAUGGAGUCGUCAUCCGCUACGGCACCCUCACCUUUACCGGCUACCGGGGCGUCCUGAUGACCGGCAUCAAUAACGGAUUGACUGUUCAAUUCAGUACAGAUGGGGACACGGCCAUCCACCCCAUCCUGUCUGGCGGGCCCCUGCAACACAGAUAUCGACUGGAGCAGCUACAUUUCCAUUGGCUUUCAGAACAUGCUGUCAAUGGCCGCAAAUUCCCGAUGGAGAUCCACUUCGUGCACGUGCGGACAGACCUUACGGUGGAGCAGGCUCUCAAGCAGAAGGACGGUCUCGCCAUCAUCGCCAUGUUUGGCAAUGUACAAGCCGUGCUCAACGAAGACCAAGAGGACCGCAUCAGCGAGAUCAUGGAAGUGAUACCACGACUCUUGCACACUGGAGAUAGAAUCAGCGGCGUUCUGCUUAAUCUCAUGAAGCUGAUGAGUCCAAACACGGAGCAGUACUACACGUAUUUCGGGUCGCUGACGUCACCAGAGUGCAAUGAGGUCGUCAUCUGGAUCAUCUUCGAGAACCCCAUCACCAUAUCUGAUGCCCAAUACCGCCUCUUCGGCAAGAUCGGCGAGAGCCGCCACAACUUCCGGAGCCUCCAGCCCGUGAUGCACCACCUGGUCUACAAACCCCGACCCGCCUCCGUCUGGAACACCCCCUACCUGGUCACCGCCAUACACGACUUCGUCGACCGAGUCGCUCAGUUCUUCAGAAACGUCACACGUUUCGUUAAAAAGGAAAUGAUAAAGCCGUGAUUAUAAAUAAAGUUGCUGGUUGUAAAUAAAAGAUUUCAUUGUUAACUCUUGUUUAUUUAAAUAA